AUGUCGUCGCAUCAGUCAAAAAGCGCCGCCGCCGCGCAGGCACAGGCACUGCAAGACCAGACACGCAAGGAACACAAGUUUGACGAAAUGGAAUCCGCACUACCCGAUCCCCGAUUGCCCGCUCUGCAGUCCGCUUUCUCGAUCCCUUCUGUCGACAACUUUUCUUCCUAUCUCGGCAGUCGGAACCCCUUUGGUCGCCCCGUCUCCGGUGACGACGUCGUCUGGCUCUUCGACAACACGGCGUUCAAGCCCGGCCGCCUGAGCAGCUGGCAGGCCGAAUUCGUCGCCGCCGUCUUCGAGAAGGAGCCCAAAGUCAAGGUUGUCGACAUGGUUACCAGCAUUGCCGAGACGCUGGGACUGGCCGACGAUGCAGAGGAGCUUGCCACCAUCGAGGAGCGACUGCUGCCCUUCCUGUGGGAUGUCCGGCCUGCCCGCCACCUGCGCGUCGUGCACCAGGAUAAAGAGAUCAAGUUGGGGCCGACAGGUCGUAACGGCAUCAGCACCGACAUCUUGAAGCUCUCUGAGCAACCCACAGGCACCUCCAUCAAGGCGAGUGCCGCCGUGCCUCGGGGCAUUUCCGGCGAGCUCGAGAUGCAGACCCAUUUCGCGGCUGCCGAGGGCUGGGCUGUCCUGUCCGACGUCGACGACACGAUCAAGGUGACCCAGACGAGCUCUCCACUCGGCAUCCUUCGUAAGACCUUUGUCGACCCUCCCAGUGCCGUGCCCGGCAUGCCCGAACUCUACAGGCACAUCACGUCUCUCAUUUCCAAGGAGGCGCCGUGGUUUUACCUGUCUGCGUCACCGUACAACCUGUACCCAUUCUUGCGCAACUUCUGCCGCCAAUGGUACCCUCACGGCACACUGAUUCUUCGUGACUCGAGUUGGCGCACCAUUGCUGGCCUGUUGUCGGCCUUGACCCAGGGGACAGAGCAGUACAAGACGGACCGUAUCCGCAAGGUGCAUUCGUGGUUGCCAAAGCGCAAGUUGAUUCUCAUUGGUGACUCGACGCAGUCCGACCCUGAGGCCUACGGCGACAUCUACCGCGAGUUCGAUGGAUGGGUCAAGCUCAUCCUCAUCCGAAAGGUGACCGACAUCGCCGCUGUCGGUAUCGAGUCGAAGAAUGAGCCGAAGCGAUUCGAGGAGGCCUUCAAAGACGUGCCGCGCGAGGCCUGGCACAUCUUUGAGGACCCUGCCGAGUGCAACAAGAUUGUGGAGAAGGUGGUUGCUGGCGCUUGA